ACCCUGGAAGACGCGGCGGCGGGGGGAGAGACAGGCUCUUCCCCGCAUCUCCAGACGCUUCCAGGCAGCCCUCCGAGCCGACCCAGAGGCCUGGCCCGCCAUCCCCAGCCCCGAGCCAUGAUGAAGACCUUGUCCAGCGGGAACUGCACGUUCAGCGUGCCCGCCAAGAACUCGUACCGCAUGGUGGUGCUGGGCGCCUCUCGGGUGGGCAAGAGCUCCAUUGUCUCUCGCUUCCUCAACGGCCGCUUCGAGGACCAGUACACACCGACCAUCGAGGACUUCCACCGGAAGGUCUACAACAUCCGAGGUGACAUGUACCAGCUGGACAUCCUGGACACAUCCGGCAACCACCCCUUCCCUGCCAUGCGCAGGCUCUCCAUCCUCACAGGGGACGUGUUCAUCCUGGUGUUCAGCCUGGACAGCCGGGAGUCCUUCGAUGAGGUCAAGCGCCUGCAGAAGCAGAUCCUGGAGGUCAAGUCCUGCCUGAAGAACAAGACCAAGGAGGCGGCAGAGCUGCCCAUGGUCAUCUGUGGCAACAAGAACGACCACGGCGAGCUCUGCCGCCAGGUGCCUGCCACCGAGGCCGAGCUGCUCGUGUCGGGCGACGAGAACUGCGCCUACUUCGAGGUGUCGGCUAAGAAGAACACCAACGUGGACGAGAUGUUCUAUGUGCUCUUCAGCAUGGCCAAGCUGCCACACGAGAUGAGCCCAGCCCUGCACCGGAAGAUCUCCGUGCAGUACGGCGACACCUUCCACCCCAGGCCCUUCUGCAUGCGUCGCGUCAAGGAGACGGACGCCUACGGCAUGGUCUCGCCCUUCGCCCGCCGCCCCAGCGUCAACAGUGACCUCAAGUACAUCAAGGCCAAGGUCCUUCGGGAGGGCCAGGCCCGGGAGCGGGACAAAUGCACCAUCCAGUGAGCAGGAAGGACGCUGGGGUGGGGCUCGGGCAGUGCCUUAUGGGCGGUGGCCCCAGAUGCCUGCACCCCACCUUGAGACCCCAAUGGCAGUCUUAUCGGAAGAACUUUGGCACCAGACUGGAGGACCCCAGCCUUGAACCUCUGUACCUUCUCAUCACUUCCCUCCAAUUCCAUAGUUCCCCCAUGGUCCCAGCUCCUCAGUGUGGGACUAGAUCUCUGCAGAGCAGGAGACAAGGUUGGGAGACAUCUGGAUUUAUGCAGGGAUCCAAGUCAGAGCCUCCCUGUCGUCGGGUUGUAAGAAACACUGAUGCCAGAGGGGCCAGGACCCCUGCAUCCGACAGAGCUCCUGGAACUGAAACAGGAUGAAAACUGCACCCAGAGCCAGAUGGGAGAGAGCUCUCCUGUCCUGGCAUGAGACCCAGCUUGGUUUAGGUGGCAGCUAGGAGACCCCCUCUUUACUCCCAAUCUUGGAAUUCUGGCCCUCUGACUCAGCUGUUUCUACCCCUGCCCCCCGCAUUGGCCCCUGACUGUCCCUGACACCAAGCCAGGGGCAUGUGUGUGUGUGUGAAGGGGGUGCAGCCACAUCUGGACCAUGCCCGCCUCUGGGACCACAUCUCUCCCCAGGACCGCCUCCUCCCAGGUUCCUCCCGGCUGCUGGUUGCACUGUGUUGUUACAGCUGUCCUCACAUCAUGUGUAGCGUAGGAAUGGAAAUCCUUGUACUGUAAAAGCCUAGUGACCCCUCGUUGGCCAGGCCUCCACCCAGUUCACAUCCACUGCCUCUCCCGCUCCCCAUGGGGUUCCCGUGGCCUGUCUGCAGCUGGACACUGCCCUCCGCACUGAGCUUUACAGUUUACACUCG